UUGGGGUCUGGUAGAUGUGCUGUAUCUAUAAACAUUAUAUUUGUUUAUAAUGUGUUUUUAUGCCACAGGUCUGUGUUCGUGUAGGUGAAGAGGGGCUUUGAUCUAACGUAUAUAACUGGUGCAACACUGGGCAUGUGUAUGCAGCCGCAUGUGAAGUCCAGCCCCGCAAACCCGCCCACCACCCUCCCUCUUCCCUUCGGUGCGUCUCGGUCCGCCCGCAGCAGUCUCCUUCCCGGCAAGCUUUCACUAAAGCGAUGGCUGCCAAAGUGUGCAGAUCGGUCCUUCUCUUGUCCCGGAGCAGCGGAGCGGUGGCCGCCAGCAGCCUGCCCGCACUUCUUGUCUCUUCACAGCGACAUCAUCAGCACAUACGACCGCAGGAUGUAUUGUCUGCUCCUUUCACCCGUCAGACUGUCAGGAGAGCACACGGUCUACGGUCAGCAGCCCACUCCACACUCUUCACCCAGCCUCCCACUGCCCUGUCUCCACAAGUUUGGAGGGGCGGAACCUCAUGGCACGGCCAGAGACUGUUGUGUUCCUCUGCUGCUGCAGAAGAGGUGACGGUGGCCUAUCAGAAUGGGCUGCCCGUGAUCUCAGUCACUUUGCCUUCACGACGAGAGCGCUGUCAGUUCACCCUCAAGCCUCUCAGUGACUGUGUGGGAGUUUUCCUGCAACAGCUGCAGGCGGAGGACAGAGGCAUCGACCGAGUAGCCAUCUACUCCACAGAUGGAGCAAGGGUGGCCUCCUCCACGGGUAUAGACAUCCUGCUGCUGGACGACUUCAACCUUGUCAUCAAUGACACCACAUACCUCGUGCGGCCACCGAGAAGAGAGAUCCUGCCCCACGAGGAGGCAGAGAGGCUCAAUGACGUCAAGUUUCUGGUGCAGCAGCUCUACACCACUCUGCGCAUCGAGGAGCACCAGCUUAGCAAAGAGCGCGAGCUGAUUGGCCGACUGGAAGAUCUCAACUCUCAACUUCGCCCCCUAGAGAAGGUGAAGGAAGAGCUGAGUAAGAAGGCAGAGCGACGCACCACCUGGGUGCUUUGGGGGGGCAUGGCGUACAUGGCUACCCAAUUUGGCAUCUUGGCCCGGCUCACCUGGUGGGAAUACUCCUGGGAUAUCAUGGAGCCUGUAACUUACUUCAUCACUUACGGCACAGCCAUGGCCAUGUAUGCCUACUACGUGCUGACACGCCAGGAGUAUGUUUACCCCGACGCCAGAGACAGGCAGUAUUUGCUCUUCUUCCACAAGGGGGUGAAAAGGACACGCUUUGACAUCGAGAAGUACAACAAGCUGAAGGAUGAUAUAGCUGAGGUGGAGUUGGAUCUGAAGCGUCUUCGAGAUCCGCUCCAGCUCCAGCUCCCAGUUCAGCAGCUCACCGCCAGUAAUAAUUGAUAGAAAGAGUGACUCCCUCUUUUCUCUGCUCCUACAACCUUCUUUUCUCUCCUCCCCCGUGCCGUCCAACAUCCUUCCCCCCUUUUCUUCUUCCCACCCCCACUCCCAAUAACCCCAUCCCCUUUCUCAACUUUGGGAGUUGGGAGCUAUGUUUUUGUUUGUUUGUUUUUUUUCUUCUUUUUUUACGUUCCUGAAUGAAUCCUCCAGUUGGAAUAGCAAGUUAGUUAAAAAAAAAGAAGCUAAAUGACAAAGAAGAUGAUGAGAAUACCAGAAACUGACAUCUCGUACCGGUGAAGAUUGAUGAAAAUGGAAGGUGAAAAAGAUGAUAAUGAUGGUAACGAUGAUAAACUGGGCACUAUGGAUAUGCCUCCAGUCUCCACAGAGACGGUCUGUAGUGAACUCCAGAGAUAAUAGGAAAUUAUCACACCUCCAGACACUCCAGGACAGAGGACACACAGAAGGACAUUGUUAGAAUGUGUGUGUGUGUGUGUGUGUAUGUGCGCGCGCCCGUGUGUGUGUGACUGCAUUUUUGUGUGUGUGGGACUUUCAGGGGACACUGGGACGACAGCAGAUCCACACAGCUGUAACGUUCCACCUCCUUGAGGAGUCGAACAGUGACCACACACCUCCUCCUGGUCAGGAGCCGUCUCCAGGGAAGGACUCUUAUUAUCACACACAUUAAAGUUUACAAGAAAGUCCAAGACUGCAUUUGCACCAUCGAGGAGAUCUUCGUCUCCCUGGAGCUGAACUCUGCUGCCUCUCCCUCCCUGGGCCACGUCUCCCCCGGGCGAAGGACAGCUGUCCUUCCUACUGUGACCUUUGUCAGGAGCGUGUCUCGACGCGCAGGACGGCGACGCCUCGUUUCCUCUUCCUGUUGACGUCCUCCAGUCUGCGCCCACCGGUCUGCGCAAGUAUAAGAGUACUACCGACAACAACAUCACUGUGUGUUCUUUUAUUCCAAAAAAAAUAUUUUGGCACUUUUUAUUUUGAAAGCCAUAGUAUAUUUGUUAUGAGAAGAAUAUAAAUAUAUAUAUAUAUAUAUAUAAAUAUAUAAAUGUACACAAUCAAAUAAACAGAUGACCAGAGGCUAGUUUCUUUCAGUGGGGGGAGGAGCUCUUUUCUUUUAGAAUUUAUGUCAGUUUUCCCCCUUUAAUGGCUCACAUCAGUGUCUCGUACAGUACAGUAGAAAAUAAACUGCAGUAUGUACUCUGGCAUAUCUUUUUAUGACAAAUACUUGAAGUAUACCACAGAGACUGAGGGCCAUGUGCAUGGCCCCAUGAUUCAGAAACAGUAAAAACAACCUUAUCAGGCUGUAGAUGUGUACUAGUGUUUUUCUCUAAUCUCGAAACAACACAUGAGCAAAGUUUAAAGGUCAACACAGCUCAGUGUCUGACUGUGACGCCGGCCAUGUUGCUGUUGUUGUUAUUCAGCCACAACUGACAUAUUUCUUUAUGUCUAUAAGGAGUAAAUGUAGCCAUCUGCCUGCAGCAGUGAAGACACAGCAACGAGAAAGAAGAUCUUUCCUGGAUUUUGAAGUAGAACUCAUUGGAAAGAUAAAGUUUCCUUGACAUUGAGAGGAAGCACCUGACUGAAGACUGCAUGGUUUUAAUCCCAGUUUCAGGUCUUCUCUAUCCUAAGUCUCAAUUUAACAAUCUGGACUUAGUUGUGGUACAAAGUCAACAAAUAUAAAGAUGAAAUAGUUUGACUUAAAUAAGCAGUUGACGCCGUGAGUCAGUUCUCAGACAAAAAAUAAUCGAUAAAUGUUUCUAGUUGUUUUUGACUUGAAAUUUAGGAUGUUGAAGAAUCACAUCAUUGAAAUCAGAUCUAGUCUAAUUUGAAGAAAUAAAUUUAGAGGAGAAUAGACGAUAAAAGUACAGGCUCCUGGUCUAGUCUUUUUCUGCUGAACAGGAUCAUUAUUUAUGAAGUUGACAUGAUGUUUUUUUUUAAGAAGACCUGGAACCUUGAACAAGAAGGGGAAAUCAAACUCCCACAGACGUUCUCCUCUUCAGUUCUUGUCUAUUUUUUUAUAUUAAAUAUCAAUGAUUUGAAGAUGGCGACAUACAUGUACAUUUCAAAUUCCUUCCCCAAUGCUGGUUUUCAGAGGUGGGGUAGUUAAGUGCACUGGAAAAUAAAUGCCCCCAAAAUCUCCAAAAAUGUAAGCAUUUAAUUUAGUAUAAAAUCAGGACACAGGUGUGAUUCACAUGACUAACAGUCUCAGUGAACCUUUCUGUACCUUCAGUGCUCUAUGGAUCAGAUCAUUGUCCUGUUUCUCCACUCAUUAUCCAGGUGUUACCUCCAGAGUCUAAUUCAACAAUGAGGCGAAACCAAACCGAAACGGCUGCUUUGUGCAAAAUGACAGGCAUGUUAUAGUUUUCUACAGCUGAUGUGACAUGAAUGGCUUUAAUAAAAUGCAGUUUACAGAAGGAAGCAAGCGUCGGCUAACGUGUUUCCCCUCGCUGUCUGAGAUUGGUUACACCUAAAAAAAAAAGAAAAAAGCAACAUGACAAUGAGACGCUGAUUCAUAGAGGCCUUUAGUUUAGAUAAAUCCUUAAAUAUCAGCAGAGCUUUCUCCUCCCACUGUUGCUGUAAUGCCCCCUGUUCCCUUGAUGGCAAGGCAGGGUAGACUGCAUGCUGUGGUAUGCCCUCAGUAGAAAUUUGUGAAUGUGUAGGAGCAUUAUUGCAGUUUUUGUACUUAAUUGGACAGUUUUUCUUUGCCACAUCUAGCUGAAGUGUCACCCCACGCCUGGUUGAAUCAAAGACUAUAACAAGCAUAUGAUUAUGUCCAAUUUCUUUUCUUUUCUUUUUUUUUUUACACUUCUGUUGAUGGGAUUGUCACUGCCUAUGUCUCUGUUAGUGAAGGUUUGUAGCCUUGAGGACUGAGGAUCAUUGGCCCCUCUCUACUGUCAUACAUGUGACUCCACUCUGGUAGUUUGACCCUGCACUGCUCUAGAUCACCACUUCUGCAGAGAGGAAGCACAAAAACACAACAUCUCUGCACACACACAUAUACACACUCCAGUUCAGUGUCAUCUCCUGUUUGUGUGUGAUCAUUCAGCUGAAUCCUACCAAGGAGCACUCAGUGAUUUCUACGGUCAAAUCAGAAUUUACUCAUGCGAAUCUUCAAAGCAGGAUUUGGUCUGAUCUUGUGUGAUCAUGGCAUGUGUGUGUGUGUGUUCGUGUGUGUGUGUGUGUUUGUGUGUGUGUGUGUGUGUGUGUGUGCCUGAUGGAUAAAUGUGUUUUCCAAACAUUUUUAUAGAAUGGAGUGUUUCAUUGUCUAAAGUUGGCGGUGUAGUAUGGGGUCGUGCUGUUUGAGAUCACAGAGUCAUGUGACUAGUCAUCAGGGGAAGAAAAAUUCAGUCUAACGAUGAAGCCUGUUGUGCUACUUUUCUUCGAUGUCGAGAGGCAAAAACAUUUUUGUUCCGUUUGCUCUAAAUGUCGUUACAAGUGCUAAGCAACAUGUCUAGGACCGUGGUCACUGUGAAAUGGCCUCAGAAGCACAGUCACAUCAGUGGUGAAUGUAAGAACUCAACAGCUACUACAACUGGCCCUACAUCCAUGCACUACUGUGUACUAACAGGUACUGUGACACUAAUAAUUUAACUGAUAUAGCUUUAAUGUCAGUUUUUUUUACACCGCUGCCCUUUUUUUUCUUGUUAACAAUUAUAUGCAGAAAAGAGAAAAUACAGUCAGAGGGCAGGGUCUCUGUGUAAACACACCUGUAGAGGUCCAUUAUAAAUGACUAGCUUUGUUCAAUUUUGUAGUUUACAUCAUUUGACAAACACCAUCUCUUCCUUUACACAGGCACUGUAUAAUGUUAUGAGGGUUCUGGUCAUGUUUCACAGCACUUGUAAUACUAUAUUGAGCAUGUUAAGACACAGACAUCGGAGUAAAGUAGAACAGUGUGAUCCAUGUUUGACCAAAUGUUCUCUCUUUUCCCCACACUGAACCUGAUGACCUUAAACACAUCACUGUGUGUGGACAGAUUCAUGCUGUACAUGGAAAUAUCUAGAACUGGAAGUCAGCCGCUCUCCAUUUGUGUGUGUGGGGGUGUGUGUGUGCACAUAGAGUCUGAAUCCUCUUGAUGAGUGAUGUGAUCAGUGGCAAAGUUCAGAUCACCAUUUUAAUGGAAACUUUGCACCUAAUCUCUGACUGUCAAUAGUGGAAAAAAAAAUCGGUUUCUGCUCCUCAUCCCACUACACAGCCAUUCACACGGUUUCCAAUUGUUCAUUGUUCACACACACACACACAGGCAUAGUGAUGAUGCUGUUACCUUGGAGAUGUGCGUGUUUGUGUGUGUGUGUGUGUGUGUGUGUGUGGUGAGAGCGUCCACUCCUCCUCUCUGCUGUUUCUAACACGUCUCGUCAUCAUCACCUCCUCCUUUGUUAUUUCGCCUUCCACAAUUAUGGCCUUAUUGUUUUCUUCUCACGUUAUUUUUUUUAGAACAAAAUAUAUCAAAUAUAAGGGAACUUUAUUAUAAAGAGGGUGUUGCAUGAAUGUAUGUUUACAUGGGAAAUUAUGUUAAAAAAAAUUACAAAAAAAAAAAGAUUUAUCAAAAUAAGAAAAAAAAAAAUCAACCUGCAGAAAUGAUUAAAGAAAGUUGUUUGUAGAGAUUCCUAGCUGUAAAGGACAGACGACAGGGCUGCAUCUUUUAGAACCUGUCCUGUCUAAUCUGAAAUAAUCCCAGCCAACCGACUUCUCCAACACCAUCAAACCCCAGUUCUUACCUCCAUCUUAUUUACCCCAAUAAUCCCACACCCGAAGAGUGGGUUUUUGUUUUUGUUUGUUUUUUAAUCCCCACAGAACAGAGCAGCACCAUCCAUCCUGGUGCAGCUAUAUAGGAACUGUAUGACAUCAGUUACUACAUCCUGGUCCUGAGUCCAGAGGAAAAGUCUCAUUAGCUUUUAGGGGAAAACCUUUCUUUUUUUGUUUUGUUUUUAUUUAAUAUGAUCUUUUCUGUUUCUUCCUGAAUCACAUUAUUUUUUAUUUUAUGUGUUGAAUGUGUGUUUCUGUUGGUGUGCACUUAUUAAAAAAAUGUUUAAAAAUUGCCUGAAGAGUGAAAUGACCUUGAACUUCAUUCAGAUGUUUUUGUUUCAUUUGGUUUUGGGUGCUUUGGUUUUUCUUCUGUUGACAUGAGGCUGCAAUGUUGGCAAAAAAAAGAAAAAUGUAAAAUCCUGUACCAUUUAUGAAAUAUGUAUAAAAGAGAAAUGUAAUUCAAUUAUCAAUAAAAUCCUUAUCCAGGUUUUGGA